GCGUCAUUUUCAUCGAUGACGAUGUGUAAUUACAGUUACACGGUUACACCGCACACGAAUGAAAUGUAAAGUACGUGAAAUCAGAAAUAAUAACCUAUGCCAUGUCUGCUGCAUCAAUGCACUGGGGAGGGAUCCCUGUAGCGCCAUCUAGCAGUGUGGAGAAUGUCACAGCCAGCGUUCAAGGAAAACAGCCAAUAAUGGAAGCUCUAGAGGUUGAGGGUGCACGCCUCCAUCAGCCAUCAAGCAAACAUAGUUUCACCUCAACUGGGGACUCGCCGGUGAUAUUUGGCCUUGAUGCUGUUACAGAACACACCCUCAAACUGAUGGAAUAUGCACAUAAACUUGGCGCAGCAAUCGCCGCGACGCAACAAGGAACAGUGCAGGAUGAAAGUGAUUCUGUCUAUGGAAUUCACCAGUCUAUGCCACACAUCUCAGAAUUUCCCAAUAGUAAUAACCAGAAGAGGAAAGGAGAUCUUGAUUCAGAGAAACAGUCAGAGAGUUUAUCUCAUGAUGUCAGCAAUGCAACAAUCACUCUCAACAGCACAACCUUGAGAAAGUUGCUUCGGAAGUACGUGGCAGGCAUAACUGCACAAGUAGGAUACAGUAGUACGACAGAGUCAGUGCUGGACACACUCAUGGAUGUCUGCCAGGAAUAUCUGACACAGAUGACGCAAGCGUUGGCCAGGGCUGUGGAAAGAGAAGCUCUCACUGGCUUCACUGGCUUUCCUGACGUGCUGGAGAGAGUGUUUCACGAGAUGGGCAUGGGCAGCAUGCGCAAUCUGCAGGGGUUCUACCGGUGCAGGGUGCUGGGGCAGCAGGACAACAUGACAAAGACCUGCACACGGCUACUGGAGCAGUCUAACGAGAUUCAGGCGUCGCAGCCGGACCACGGCCAGGUGGGCGAGGCUUGGAGACUGACAAGGAUUAAGGAUGAGCCAGUGGCUGAUAUUCAGUUCCCGGCAUCUGAAGACAGUGCUGAGGAAACGAGUGACCAAUCCGAGAACCUUCAAUCACUAGAUGGACUAGGUAAUAUAGAGACAACCAUAGAACAUGAGACGCCGACUGCUAUGCAAGAUCCCCCUGUGGUGAAGGAGGAAGUGAUGGAGGGUGCAGCAGAAGAAGAGAAGGUCACAACUCACAACAUUAUUUCAAUCAAACAGGAGGAGCCCAGUGGCAGGACUUUGGAUGUGGAUGAAGAUCUGCUAAGUAUUGCUGAUUCGGUGGGCGUGUCACUGGUGGAGCCUGAACACCAGCAGCCACUCACUCAUGCACUACAGAACCAGCACCAGCAGUAUAAUCAGCAGCAGCAAUACCAUCAGCAACAGCAGCAGCAUUUUCCCCAGCAACAGCAGCAGCAGCACCACCAGCAGCAGCAGGAGCAGCAGCAGCAGGAUAACCAACUGCUGUCCAUGCCAGAUCUGCUUGGUCAGCCGUCGACUGCCACACGACCGCAUCCCAUCGCUAAGAAACGGAGGAGAAUGUAGAAAUCGGUGACAAUAUCACAGACUGGAUGCAAAGGCACACUACUCGCUUGUGCUCAUUGUGUCACUUAUCUUUUGUCAUUUCUCUCGCAUAACAUUUGCGUGGAAUGUGACUAUUUAUCAUGCUAGUAGCAUAACUCGGUUGCUUACCAUCUUUGCCAUUGCAUUAAAAUCGUAGGUUGAUGGUAACAUGAAUGCUUAGAGUAUUGUUUCAAAAAUAUAGGUGGAUAGGUUGGUAGAAAAUACAGAGAAGUGUUAAAUGUAAAGAAAGAAAUAGUGGGGAAAGAGGUUGAGAGAGAGAGAGAGAGAGAGGCGAGGGAAGAGGCUGUGUAGACAGGAAGAGAGAGAGAGGCGGGUGUGAAAGAGAUACGGAUAGAGACAGAGCAAUUAAUAGAAAGCUGUAAAUAAUAAAUCCUGUAAAUAAACGUUGCAUUGCUAAGCCCUG